AUUACCAUAUGACCAUAUAAACAAGAAAAAAAUUAACUAAAAUUUUCAAAAUAGAAUCUUUCAUGCCUGCAAGAUGUUAAGGUUUUUUAAUCAAACUCUCAGAUUCAGUCCAACGACUAGCGGACUCCGUUUCGAUUGUAGAAGAUACAUCGAAACCCUCCGAAGCUCAGAUCCGGAAACUAAAAUAACGAAGGGAGACUUCGAAGAACAACUGUUGCAACUGGAGGAACUGAAGGGAGUAUUAGAAAAGAGGAAGUCGGAUGGAAAUCCGGAAGUUAUGGAAUCUUCCUUGAGGCACGUGAUUAAAUUGAUCAGUGACCUCAAGAACGACUUAUUGAAGAACUAAUGAAAUUGUUUAACCAAUUCAGAAGAAUAAAAACAUGUUUGUCUAAUAAUAUAUCAUAAUAGAGGUUUAUAUUUUCUUUUACAUUUUUAGUUUUAAAAAACGUGUGUGUGUGUUUUUAAGACGAAGAUGCCUAAAUUGGUCAAAAUUCGACUGAUUAGUUAUUUAAGAUACUUGAAUGUUUAUUUUUGGAACUUACUUUUAAGUUUCCUGGACUUAUCCUUUUAUAUUUAUUGUUUCGUUCUCGUUCUUGUAGGUACUUUAUAUUAUUAUCAAUCUAAACUUAGUAUUAAAGAUCCAGUAACAAUAACAUUCCUAGAGCGAACUGAUUAAAAUACUUUGGCUCCAUGGGUGCCCACUCCCCCCAAGGUCGAUGGCCCAUGGACUUCCCCUGCUCUCCCAAGAAAUUUUAUUGCUCAUCUCUUUUUAAAAACAAUAGAAUCAAAAGUAGACAACAUUAGAAAAACAGUAAUAAUAGGACAGUAGAUCAUUAGCACUGCCUAAAUGAGAGACCGAGUAGAGUCUUGGUCUUGCAAACUCAGUCUUGGUCAUGGUCUUAGUCUCGCGCAAGAGUCUUGCAGUUAUUUAUUAACUUAUUACUAUAAAGAUAUUCCUGUAAUAUUUAGAUAGGAGAAACCUAAAUAAGCCCGAAAGAAAAAUUAGAGGAGUUGAAUGCAAAAGUAUAUUGAUUAUACCAAUUAUUAACAUAUAGUAACAAAGAUUGUCGAGUAUUAGUAACUAUUUUACCUUAAUUUUUAUUUUUUAAAUCGAUUUUUUUUUACUAGUCCUGGUAUUGGUGUUCCAGCAGUUAGGCGACCUUGGUCUUGGUCUUUCAAAGUGCAAGAACAAGACUGAAUUUGAGUAACACUAUAGAGCAUAUACAAAUACACUUGCGAUGGUCUG